AUGUAUCUCUCGAUGCAAGAUGAUAUUGAUGACAGACCGCGAAACCUACACUACGAGAAAGACAUCGCUUAUGUGACGAAAUAUAGCAAGUGGAUUCUGAAAUCCAUCGGCAUUUGGCCAGCAGUACUCGAAGGCGUGGCAACAUUUUUACCGAAAUUCGCGAUUGGACUUAGUAAUUUUGUGCUAUUGUUCGCCAUCGUUCCAUGCAUUCUGCAUAUCACGUUCGAAGAGAAAGACACUAUAACCAGAUUAAAAUUAUGCGGUCUGCUGAGUUUCUGUUGCACCUCGUUGAUGAAGUACUGGGCGCUCACGCUCCGAAAACCGAGGAUCAAGGAUUGCAUCGAACAGGUGUGGACUGAUUGGAAACAGCGCGCUGUACGACGUUCAAAGUAGCCCGAUCUACGAACUAGUGUACGUUCUUCAUUGCAUGUGUGGUUACGUGAUGUAUUCCAUAACUGCCGGUGCUUGUGGGCUAGCCGCGCUUUUCGCCACGCACGCCUGUGGGCAAAUCGACAUCGUUAUAUCUCGAUUGAACGAUCUCAUGCACGGUGAACGUAACAAAGCGACAUCCAAUGCAAACGCGCGGCUAAUAGAAAUUGUCGAGCAUCAUUUGCGAAUUUUAAGGUACUGGUGA